GGGAGCGUAGACGAUAAUGCAAAGUGCUAUGUUCCUGACUGUCCAUCACGACUGCGGACCCAUGGACAAGAGCGCAGGCACCGGCCCCAAAAGCGAGGAGAAGCGGGAGAAGAUGAAGCGGACCCUAUUAAAAGAUUGGAAGACCCGUUUGAGCUACUUCUUGCAAAACUCCUCCUCUCCUGGGAAGCCCAAAACCGGCAAGAAAAGCAAACCGCAAACCUUCAUCAAGCCUUCUCCUGAGGAAGCACAGCUGUGGGCAGAAGCAUUUGAUGAGCUGCUAGCCAGCAAAUAUGGUCUUGCUGCAUUCAGAGCUUUUUUGAAAUCUGAAUUCUGUGAAGAAAAUAUUGAAUUCUGGCUGGCCUGUGAAGACUUCAAAAAAACAAAGUCACCCCAAAAGCUGUCCUCCAAAGCCAGGAAAAUAUACACUGACUUCAUAGAAAAAGAAGCUCCAAAAGAGAUAAACAUAGACUUUCAAACCAAAACUCUCAUUGCCCAAAACAUACAAGAGGCUACAAGUGGCUGCUUUACAACUGCCCAGAAAAGGGUGUACAGCUUGAUGGAGAACAACUCUUAUCCCCGUUUCUUGGAGUCUGAAUUCUACCAAGACUUGUGUAGGAAGCCGCCGCAGAUCACCACAGAGCCCCAUGCCACAUGAGAUGGAAACGGGAGCCCCGCAACGAGGACAUUGCUUUUUUUCUUUUUGUUUCCUAAGGGGAAAGGCUGUCACCUGCCGAAAAGACUGACCUUGAAUUCAGCCUGGGUGUUGAGGAAACAUCACUCAGAACUAUUGAUUCGGAGUUAGUGAGUCAGGAAGCCAGGAGCAGUCUAGGAGAAGCCGGCACUGGGACAGCUUCCAGAACUGAUGGAGCACAGGGAGGCAGUGGCCAGGAUGUGGCGUGUCUCACGCUGGGAAAGCAGGCACGCGAGACUGAAGGGUGACAGUGUAACGCUAUGGUCCAAGAGCACUGAAAAUCAAUAGGUCUGGGAUUAUGUGGCCUUAGCUAGCUGGCUGUACAUACUUCCCUAACUCAGUCCUUGUCACCCCAGAGUGGUUUAGUGGUAGCUUUUUAGUCCUAGGUGCCAUGUUUACUCUGUACAGGGGUCUCGACGUUCUUACGACUACAGGUCCUCAGUACUGGCCCGCGUGACUCUAAACCUGAAACGGUCUGUGUUUAAAUGGUCAGUUGCUGUGUGUCACAGGAUGAGUGCUGUGGUGUAGAAAGCGACAAUGUCCGUGAGGAGUGCCAAAAACUGUCCUGAUGGCAG